AACAACAGCUAGCAAGUUAAGCCUGAUAAAAGCAUAGGAUUGCUUACGCUCCAAUUUCGCUGACGGUCUGAAUGUGUGCGAUUUAAUUUUAUUACACUGUACUGUGUGAUUACUCCUAACCAAAAUGAUAAGAAUUUAACAAGAUCAUUCAGAACACGCGCUCCAAUUAAAUUCAGUGUUAUUUGUGUUGUGUUGGCCGGCGGUUCGGAGUGGUUUGGAAAAGGAGCGAAAGUUCAUAUUUUCAAAAACCACGUCAAUAUGAUCGACUGUGGUGACACCUUUGUGCAAAUAUUGGAAGCGCCUACGAAGUGUAUGCGAGUGUCUCAACUAGUAAAACAUUUUAGGAACGAGUUCAACCGUAUCCCGAGUUUCAUUGUACGCUGUAGCGGCAGAGUUAAUCUAAUCGGAGAGCAUGUGGAUUAUUGUGGGUACCCGGUACUACCUAUGGCAAUUGAGCAGACAAUUCUCCUAGCAGUGGCUCCAUCGGAUGAUAACCUCAUCCAUAUGAAAAACAUUGACCCGAAGUACAAACCGUUUAAAUGUAACAUAAAUUCAUUCGAUAUCGAUCCUUCUGGUUCGUGUGGCCCUGAGUGGUAUAAAUAUUUCCUCUGCGGCGUAAAGGGCAUAGUUGAGUAUGCUAAACCAUCCAAACCGAAAGGAAUGAUGGUUGUUCUUUCAGGAAAUAUACCACCUGCUUCAGGGUUGUCCAGCUCAAGUGCGGUUGUGAGCGCAUCGGUUUUAUGUUCAGCCUAUCUGCAUCAUGUUCCAUUAGUAAAACAAACUUUGGCAACAAUUUCGGCAGAUUGCGAGCGGUACAUCGGUACCCAAGGCGGUGGAAUGGAUCAAGCUAUAGCUUAUCUAGCGAAACAGGGGUGCGCCCAGUUUAUUGAAUGGGAGCCAUUGAGGGCAAGUUCUAUAACUUUACCCAAAGAUGCAGUCUUUGUUAUUGCCAAUAGUUUGGCUGUGGCGAAUAAGGCCGCUACAUCUGAUUUCAAUCAACGAGUUAUAGAAUGUAGGCUAGCAUGCAGACUUUUGGCUAAGAAGACACAAGUAAACUGGCGAGAGACGUGGAGAUUUAGUGAUCUUCAAAACAUUAUAGGAUUUACUAUGGAAGAAAUGGAAACCCUAGUAGAAGAGCAUCUUACUCAGCAAGACUACAGUAGACAAGAACUAUUGGGAAUAUUUGAAAUAGACAAAGAAGACUUUGUACAAAACUUGCUCACCAACAACACACGAGACGCUCAAUCGUUUAAACUGCGACAGCGAGCGCUGCAUGUAUUUCAAGAAUCAAUACGCGUGAGGAAGUUCAUAGAGGUAGCUGAACACCAAACUGACGGAGCAAUUCAAGUAAUGCAGCAAUUGAUGCGACAAUCACACGAAAGCCUUAAAAUACUGUAUGAAUGUUCCCAUCCCAGAUUGGACAAACUAGUUGAGAUUUCUGAUUCGAUGAAUGUUGGUGCACGAUUAACAGGCGCAGGAUGGGGCGGUUGCAUUGUAGCAUUGUGUGAGGGAAACGAGAAAUCUGCGGAAUACAUAAAUUACCUCAAAGAACAUUUCUACGGAUGUAUACUCGAGUCACAAGGAAGAAACUUAGAUGAAGUCGUAUUCGCUACAAACCCACAAAGAGGCGCAGAGCUUUAUUUAACUGAUGCUACGCGAAAUAUCAUGGAGUAAAUAAUUUAACUUCGAACGCAAUAUAAUGGUUACCAAUAACUAACAAACAAACUCUCUUCUAAAUUUGAGCUGCUACGUCUGCAUCAGAACUAUAAUUAUAAACCCGUCUUUCAUUCGAAUAUUUAUGAUAUAGAUCAGUUACAUAGUAGUCAAAGUCGUUUGUUUAACAUAAAAAAAUAGAUAUCUACCCAGGUCGGAAUCAAAUGUUCGUAGGGAAGUUCCUUAUAUGCAAGUAGUGACAUCGGAAGAACGCUGAAGAAGCUUAGAGGAACAUGGACUGAUAUAUAUUGAUGUGUUGAUUCACACUACUCCUUGGUUCAAUGCAGCAGUUCCUGUCGUUCAAUUUCACUACUUGCAAAAGGCCCUUGGAUGUCCUUACGUGACGAGCAAAUCACUCGGCGUAAUGUACUAAUUACGCUCAAUUGAUUUUGUAGUUUGCGAACUCAAUACAUUCUGCUCCCGCGAAAAUGUCCCGCGAUAUCAAUAUAAAUCAAUAUAUUCUCAAUUUGAUCAUGUUGAUUUUCUUAAAUGGAUGAACCUCAAAAAAAACUUUUUUUUUAUUUUUUUAUCUCAUUUAUUUAUUUAUUAGGCUCAUUAGCAUUUAGCUGUAACAGAGCCGGGUUUAAUCGUGUACAUGUACAUAUGUUUAUGUUUCUAUAAAUUGUGAAUUACACAGUAGUGGCUACUACUCAUUUAGGCGUUAAGUUUUCUGUUCCAUUACAUUAUGGUAAAUUACACAGUAGUAGCCAUUCUAGGCGUAAGGGUAUUUUUUCUGUUCUUCCAUUAUUCAGCAGACCGGACCGCGGAGACAGUUGAUAUUGAUCAUUGUUGGGUUAUUUAUAGAACAGCAGCCCGAUGUUUCUUGCAGAGCAGAGCAGUUGUAUGGAUGAAUCGAUCUUUGUUCCACUGUGGAUCGAUUUCCAUCGCUGAUGAUGAUUGCGUGGACGUAGUUAUUGUAUAACAACACAAAGAUGGUCACACUUGAGGGCCCUGAGUUUGAACUCACGAUCGAUCGCAAAAAAAACUUUUAUUUGGCAGACUAUUCAAGAGCGCUUCUAAUGCAUCCAAAGAUUAAUACGUUGAGCUGGUGUCAUCGCACAGACAUUGGGCUUUUUGUUUAGAGAGUGUAAACUGGAAGCGACAGCAACAAAAUUGGAAAAUGAUUUUUAUAAAAGUCCCCUAUUGAUCCGCAGGGAUCAACGUGAGUCAGAGGAAAAGUUCAUCUUUGGUCCCCUAGCUCGGUCAGGGCCUAACGUUUUAAAUAAGUAGCUUCUAUUUCUACAUCUUCAACACCUACAUAGAUAUCUUCAGAUGCUUUUCUAAAUCUCUAAAGUCUGGUCCUGGAACAUCAGAUUUUAUGCACAGUCAACUCUCCCUUAUUCGAUGUUCUGUAACUCGAUUUCAUUGCACCUUUGAUUUAUUUUACCAGCAAUUCAAUUCGACAUCUCCCUAACUGGAUGGUCCCUUGGAUAUCGAGUUGGGGAGCGUUGACUGUAUUAUUGUUCGCAUAUAUUACUCAAGAAAGUAAGAUAAAAUGUUCUGGUGGAAUUAAUCUAAGUGAAUUCAGGUGUUUCAGUUUGUUUUAUUCAAUCAACAAUCAAUAGCAAAAAGUAGUUCAAUGAACAGUAAAAUAGGAUUUCGGUCAUAGUUGAAUCAACUCUAUGGUAUGUUUAACGACGGAUUCCAGUGAGAGCGGGCGAAUUCAGCAUUUUCAAUGGUCCGGGCUUCAAUACUUCCUGAACUGAUUUAAUCCCUUCUUUUCGCUUUGAGCUGUGCAUUUUCAAUUCAUUUGUAAAAUAAACUUUCAGAAAAAAUGAAUUUUCAAGACAGUAUGAGUGCACUUUUGGAAUUUACAUUCUCUGUGCUUUAGUAAGAAAAGGAUAAACUAGGUUUUUUUUCGUCAGAACGCUAUAUGAAUAAAAUAUGUGAGAUGGGGAAAAAUAUUAUUAACAUCAAGCCAUUAUUGCGAUAUUUUUAAAAAUCUGUAUGUUCUGUAUGGAACACAAAAACUUUGUAAUCUGUAUCUACGGAUUCUUGGUUCAAAAAAGUCGAAAAAUCUCUAGAAAUACAGACUAUUAUGUAGAUAUGGUAACCCUGUUCGAGAUGCAUCUAUCGGUGCUUGCUUACUGGCUGCUGUUGAACCCAUUAAAACACGUUUUUUUAUCAUCUUGACUCAAGAAACACACCUCAUUCGGUCCCAGAGGCGAAACUAGCUGCUCAAGCAUAUAGGGGCCCGUGAAUUUAUUUAGGUAUAGAAAUGGAAUUUUGUAACGUAACGAUCAAGGCUA